AGACACAUGCCACCGGAUUUUCUAAAGAUGCCUUAACCAAGCAAGAAGAUAGUUCAUCAGAAUCGGACUGAUGAGACUUUUACGUCCUAGAUAGAGUAGUUAAGUCUAGAAUACAUUUCAUCGAAUUUCCCAUAAUUUUUUGUAGAAGUUCUGUAGUGAAACGAAAAUCUAUGUUGUUGAAUACUGUUGCGAUCGGUUUUAAGUUUUAGAGUGAUUUUUCACAGGUCAUAAGCAUAAGUUAAAAAAUUACGCAAUCAUGGGCCCCAAACGAGAUAGAAAAAGUCGCAAAGCGGCAAAAGAGGCCGAAGAAGUGGAACAGGUAGAGGUAGUAGUUGAAUUGACUCCAGAUCCACAGCAACUGGAAUAUUUAAAAGUGCCUAAACGAGGCGACACUCCACGAGAUUUUCGAAGCUUGCAUCGAGAAAAAUCUCCAUUCGAAAUAGGAGAAAAACCAGAUGUCCAAGUUGCGUCACAAAAAGCCAUUAUUGACAAAGCACUGGUUAUGGACAUAUCUGGAGGUGUAACAAAUGUAGACGAGUACAUUUCGUUAUUCUUCACAGAUUCUUGUAGUUUGGACCCUGCAAGCUGUGGUGACAUUUCAACCGUUAAAGUUGAAAUCGUAGAAGAAGAAAUAGCUGAAACCGAAGCUCCAAAACCGUCAGAAGAGCACGAAAAAACAGAAGCCGAAGCAGAAAAAGAGUUAGCAGACCAGCAAGCGGAACAAGGUAAGUCUGAAGAUAAGGAACCCACACCGACACCGGUAGCCAAGGAACCAACGCCACCUCCUCCUGAGCCCGAACCAGCUCCAGUAGAGGCUGAACAACCAGAGGAAGAGGAAGAAGAAGUAGAGAUCGUACCGUCUCGGGAGCCGACACCACCUCCACCACCCAAAGAGCCAACACCCGAACCAGAGCCAAUAAAGGCACCACCCACACCAGAAUAUGAUUCAGAUGUUGAGUUGAUCCCAAUCAAACAGGACUUCGACCCAUCAGAGUGGAAGAGCUUUGAUGAUUUGGAAAAGCAGAUAAAUAGUAUUGAAGUUCCUCCUGAGCCAAAGAAAGCAAAAGAAGAGAAAAAGGAAUCUUCUAAGCGAGAAUCAGUGCACGAAAUGAGUGAACGGGAACGUGACUUAGAAUGGCAGCGCCAGCGUCAGCUGAUGAGACCACCGCUGAUUAUUUCGCAUUUGAAAUCGAGAGCCGCUCCUUUGGGAUCAACUGUUAGAUUAACGUGCACCGUCUCUGGCCCUGGAAUUACUGUGCGGUGGUACAAGAAUGGAGAGCACAUUGAGAAAAACCCUAGACACACUUUCAAAGUAAGUGAGGGUUUGUUAAGCCUCGAGAUCAAGGAUGUAGAAUUCAAGGAUGCUGGCGAAUAUAGCUGUACGAUCAAAAAUAAGAACGGCGACACUUCAACGGCUACCAAUCUUACAGUUUAUGAACCUUUCGAAACCAAACCUGAUCCUCCUACAUUUAUUUCAAUUAAAGAUGAACCCAGCGCGAGACCAGAGCCUAAACAAGAACCAGUAGCCGCAGCAACACAGGAAGCACCUUCCGCCGAAGCUGGCCCACCUCAAGAAGGCGCAGAGCCUCCAAAGCCUGCCCCCUAUGUGUACAGACCGAAAAAGGAGAAACCAGAAAAAUCUCCUCCACCUCCUCAAUAUGGCGAUGAAAUGGCACGUUAUCAUCACAAGAAAAUCCUGCACAGCCGUGAUAAACUCCAAUGGUCUGUGCAUCUGACAAACCGUGCCUGCGCCGCUGGACGCAGAUUCAAACUAAUGUGCGCAGCAACAGGCUUCCAACCUGAGCUAACAUGGUACAAGGAUAAUGCGCCACUUGAAUAUAACGAACAUAUAAUCGAUAUGAAUGACUUGCACAGAGGAGCUUAUGGCUGUAUCUGGAUUAACGACAUCUCUGGAGAGGAUUCCGGAACAUACAAAUGUGUGGCAUCAAAUGGCUUCGAACAAAUUGAGACAACGUGUGUCCUGACUGUGAUCGAUUCCAGAGGCAUAACUCCUAAGUGUGCACCGGUGUUUGUGCCGCAUCGCACAAGAGAGGUAUACGAUCAAGUUGGAAAUAUCUUGACUAUCGAAAUUUGGAUUCGCGCAAACCCUCCUCCCACCAUUAAAUGGGUCAAAGGAAUGUGGCAACUAGGAUUAUGGCCUGAUCCUCAUAUAAGAAUUUCGCAACAUUUUGACGAAGUAGCAGAGCAUAAUAUAGCCUCACUAGUGUUCUACGACCCUACUUAUAUGGAUUCCGGAGAAUACGUCUGCACAGCUACUAAUGAAUUGGGUGAAGCUACAACGGUAUAUAAUUUGAAAUAUUCGAGUGAAGAAGAGUACUUUGAGUGGCUUAAAACGAAAAGACCAUCCGCUAAACUCAAACGUGAGUUAGAGUUGGGCAUAAUAGUAGCUGAUGAUGCUCCAUCUUUUGAUCCAGACGUCAUUCUUGCAAAGGUAGACGCUGAGUUUGCGCAUUUAGUACCACCCAAAAAAACGGACGAAGAGUCCUCAGAGGCUACUCAGCAAACCGAUGAAGAAUCUGACAGUUCAGAAACAAUGUCAAAAUCAGCUGAAAAAGCAGAUAUAAAAAUGCCCGAAGCCGUGCGUCAUGUUUCAAACGUUAAGGUACCUACACUGCCCAAUGUGGCAGAACUACCGGAACAUGACGACCCGGUCAUUGUCAAUGAACCUGUUAAGAUAGAACCAAAACCUACAGAACAGACAGCCCUCGAAUCAAAAACGCAUACUUCUAGCAUCCAACAAGAGCCACUUUACGUUCGGAAAAAGACACUGAUCGAACUAGGUGUGGAAGAAUUAGAGCGAAGGCAAAAAUUUGAUUUCGUAUCCAACAUGCCAAAUGUACGCAUUCCUCUCGGUAAAACGUUCAGAUUAUUUUCGUACGUGAAAUGUCCGGAGCCGAUCACCUCUGUUUGGAAACAUGAUGGUAGAGUGCAGAGCGAAGGUUUGCGAUUAUCAUAUAUCACUACCAACAAUGGGACAUGUGUACUUGAGGUUGAAAAGAGUAAAUUUAGAGAUGCUGGUGUGUACACAUGUGUUGCGAAAUGUCCAACUUACGGCGAAAUUGAGCAAUCGUGCACAGUCACCAUUUACAAACAUGAAAUACAAGGGGAAAAGCCUGUAUUCACGAGAGCUAUGAAAGAAUCGUACAACCCUAUCAAAGAUGAACUCUAUUUGGAGUGCACUGUCAGAGGUGAUCCGACUCCGGAAACUAUUUGGAUCGUGAACGGAACUUUCUUACACAAGAAUUGUACAAAAUAUUUUUUCAAAAGAUACGAAGAUGGAAGGCAAACAUUGACUGUAUUCCAACCGCAAAAAGAGGAUAGCGGAAGAUAUGUGUGCAGGGCACGAAAUGAUAUCGACAAAACCGACAUGGUACACUAUGUUAACUUCAAGAAUAGCGACGAAGAAGUAAUCAAGGAAUUUGAAGACGAACUUCAUAAAAAGGUAGAAAAACCGAUUCGAAGUCGUCAUCUUCGUCCGAAGGAAUGUGAAUACAGACCGGAGGAUGAUUAUCUCAUCAAAUGGUCCGAGGCAAGAAAUCAGCAUGAAAAAGAAUAUGCGUACAACUACAAACUCAAGUUCAUCACUAAGCUUAAAGACAAAAUGGUUCUAGAGGGCUCAAAUCUGAAGUUUACCAUUUACGUUGAUGGUAAAUAUCCUCAGUUCUGGUGGUACAAAGACGAUAUUCCACUCGUGCAGGGUCGAAAAUAUCGCCAGAAGCAGAGAAGCGAUGGAAAAGCAACGCUGGAAAUAGUAAACGUUAGCUCGGACGAUGCUGGAUUGUACAAAAUAGAAGUUAAAAACUAUGCUGGUUCAAUCGAAUCCCAAUCUCUUGUGACAGUCUUCCAAAAUCCGCACAUGAAAUUUGCUCCUCCCAUAUUUGCCAGUACCAUUCUAGAAACCUACUCUCUUCAUUCUGAUGAAAUUGUUCUCGAAUGUCGCGUACGGGGAACUCCUCGUCCCAACAUCGCGUGGAUAAAGGAUGGCGACUACAUCAUUCCCGGAGACAAAUACGAACAGUAUGAUCAUGCGGACGGAACAUGCAAACUUAUUAUUACGAAACCUUCGGAAGCUGAUUCGGGUACCUACACUUGUGAAGCUGAGAGCGGAGGUUGUAGCGAUGCCAUCAGUCAUAACGUUCAGUUUGAGGGGAAGGAGAAAAUCCUGUUCGAAAGAACUCACAGUUUUUAUCAUCGCAAUCCCAAUCUACCACAUUUUUACCAGGGCCUAGCCGAUUAUUCAAUUCCAGCAGGGGGUAACAUUUGUCUUGUCGUUGAAGCUCCGCCAAAUUGUGAAGUCCAGUGGUUUAAGGACAAGUAUGAGGUCAAAGGAAAACCACCGAAGUUUAACUUCUACAGCGAUACCAAUGGAAUUUUUGCAUUAUGUAUUACUGCGGCUACGGCUGAUGCUUCUGGAAAGUAUAUUUGCAGAGCCACCAACAACUUUGGCAAAGCCGAAACAUCUUCCAAUGUAGAUAUCAUCAGUCCAGGAGCCAUCAAAGGAGGUAAGCCUCCGAUCUUCAUGUCUAGACCGCAACCGGAGAUCAAGAUUCGACAGGGACAGGAAAUAUCCAUGGCGUUCAAAAUUCAGGGAGAACCGAAACCCAAAGUCCAAUGGAUGAACGGAUCAAAGGAUGUGACAAAUGCUGCUCGAACCGUCAAAGAAGUUCAUGAUGAUUACAUCCGCUUCUCCAUCAAAGAAGCACUUCCAACUGAUUCGGGUCCAUAUUUCAUUGUAGCGAGGAAUCGAUAUGGUAUUGACAAAUGUUUCACCAAAAUUACGGUUAAAUAUCCCAAGGGUCAUAAAAAAGAUAAAGAUAACGAAGACGAAUGAGAGCGUAACAUUAAAAAGCGUUAAAUCAUGAACAAUCGUUUUACUAGUCUUCUCCGAGGAAUAUGGACCAUUCUGGUGAAAAUCGAAGUAGGAAUAAGAUUAAACGUUGGAUACAAUCAAUGCAAUUAAGUAUCAUCGUUACUAUUUUAAGAUAUCGCUAUAGCAAAUCUCUCGUUAUACACAAAGCAACAAUUUUGGGAAACGUAAAUGAUUUCAUCACAAACAUACAGAACUGUGCUAUUUACAUGUAGAUCUUUUUUUUUUACAAAUAAAUACAAUUAAUUUGGAACAAACUUU